UGCCGCGAAAACGUCUAACAUUUUUUUAGGUUUUUAUCACACAGAAAUUUCCGAGCCUAAGUUCUUUGUAUAAUUUCGCUUCCAAAAAGGGCUCAAAUCGCUAGAAAUUGUGCUUCGCUCGGUAGCUUGCAAGUGCGCGCGUGCGGGAACAUUGUCAUCGGUGCCGUUUAGCGAUGCGCUCGGGCAUGAAAACGGCGCACAACUUUUGCUGAAAAGUUUCACUUUAGAGGCAGGUUCCAUUGCUGCUGCUGCCUCUUGCUGCACUUUCCCGUGCCGUGUCGUUGUCCCGUCCGUCGUCGUCGUCGUCGUUGAAUCGCGAUCAUUUAUCAUCACCCGUCGUCGUCUUCAUCGCUUCGCAAGUGCAUUUGAAGGCAAGGGAGCAAAAAGAAAGAUAAAAAAAAGUCCGUUCAAUAACAAAGGGAAAAGGGCCCAAGCCGGAAGGUUCCCUCGCUGCUCCCACCUCGGUUCCGUUCCGUCCGUCGAUGCAUUGAACAAUGUCGAAGAACAAAAUCGCCACCUCCAAGCUCGAGAGCGAUCACAUCGAGGUCAAGUCCAAGUUUGAUGCCGAGUUCCGGCGGUGGUCGCUGAAGCGAUCCGAGCAGCACAGCUUCGACGAGUUCCAGUCGCUGCUCGAGCGCCUGCACAAGCUGGACCGGUCCCAGCUGCUGGUGUCGUACAUCGACCCGCGGGACAACGAUCUGCUGCCGAUCAACAACGAUGACAACUUUGGCCGGGCGCUGACCACGGCCCGCCCCCUGCUGCGUGUCAUCAUCCAGCGGAAAGGCGACAGCACAGAGGAAAUCACCGGCUACGGCACGAUAAGACCGCGCAACCUGAUCAGCAGCAUCCUCGGCCAGACGCCGGUCAAAUCGCGCGGGCUGGCCAUCUCCAAUCCGCAUGACUUUCGCCAGGUCUCCGCGAUCAUCGACGUCGACAUUGUUCCGGAAACUUGCAGACGCGUUCGGCUGCUAAAGCAUGGCAGCGACAAACCGCUCGGGUUCUACAUUCGUGACGGAACAUCGGUGCGCGUGACGGCCAACGGGCUGGAGAAGCAGCCGGGCAUUUUCAUCUCCCGCCUGGUCCCGGGAGGGUUGGCCGAGAGUACAGGCCUGCUGGCCGUCAACGACGAGGUGCUAGAGGUGAACGGAAUCGAGGUGAACGGCAAAACGCUGGACCAGGUCACGGACAUGAUGGUGGCCAACAGCUCGAACCUGAUCAUCACGGUAAAGCCGGCGAACCAGCGGACACUGGCGCCACCGCGGCGUGGCUCGUUCUCGCGCAACAGUCAACUGUCGGGUGGGUCGCACCAGUCGCACCAAACGACCAACUCGGACGACCAGGAUCAGGACGACCAGGACGAGAUCCGCGAUCUGACGGGGGCCGCCACGCUCGAGGAGAACGCCCUCAUCACGCAGCGGGACGGAGUGCUGCAUCUUUAGAGUGUACUUUAAUUAUCUUAAUUAGCACCUCCUUCCUCCUGUUUCCCCCAGAACCUUCACGAUUACGAGACAGUCGAUCAACUCCCCCUCCCAACUCGCCGCGAACGCAAUUGUGACUUCAGUAUGUUUCCAGUUUUUUUUUCUUUGAUGUGUUUUAUAAGUUUAUAUAUUAAAUUAAGAGCAAACAGUAUUUUAUAAAAAACAUUCCGUUCGUUAUAUUUUGCACACAGUGAAGAUUUGUGUUUAUACUGCGCUGCGCUAUUUACGGCAGACUAUUGUUCUGUAUUCAAUAAAGAAAAAAAAAACUUACUUUAAUGUUGUCUACACACAUAUGUUUGUUCGAUGUUUAAACGUAACUUUAUGUAGAAAGGAAGAAGAAAAAAGUAUUUGCAACAACAUUCCAUCUAUAAAUCUAAUAAGUCUGUGCACUGAUCCAAACAUUCCUUCGCUAGUAUUUCCAUUCCAUGCACGAGGUUUCUUCAGCAUUUUUGUACUUAAGAAUCGUGGUAAGCAAGUUUCGUUCCGUUUAGUGAGAUCGGUAUUAUAGAAAAGUUAGUUAUUUCAUUCCUCACAGUUCUGCAAAAGACGAGGAAAUGUGUGCUCAAUUGGCAAAGCAGAAAGAGAAAAACGCAUCAAAAUUAUGCCUUUACACAAGAUAGUAUUUUGGAUACUAGUGCCUUUUAGUAUCAAAAAAAAUAGUUUAUCAUCAAUUAGGAUCGAUUUUGAUCAAACAACCCAAAUAUGCCUUGCUAUACAAGUUCAUGAUGACGAUACAUUAAAAAAAAAACACAACAUUACUAAUCGAUAGAAACAUUUAAAAAAAAGAACGCUAGAAUUAGGCGCACGCGAUAGCAAAAACCUGCAAUAGAGCAAAUAAGUAGAUCGAGAGAGGUUACGCAAAGAGAUCACCCAACUCCACUUAAACAACAACAAAAAUUCAUGUCGAAAACAUAAACUGGGCCUUGCUAUACACACACACACAUACAUAAACAAACAAACAAAUACAGACAACCAAAAUGAAAUUAUUUAUAAACGGUGAUAACGCUGAAAAAUGCAAGUGUGAGAAAUUUACUCAAAAAAGACGCCGAUUGAAUCUGCACUUUGGGCAAAGAAAAAAAAAAUAAACCGUAAAACAUUUGCGAUGAAAAGUGAACGAAAGGGAGGGUACGUUUUACUUAAACAUUACUUAAAAAAUCUUCACAAUUUAUAUCAGUAAUUUGGAAGUAAACUUGGCGAGAAAAAAAAGUGCGGUUAAACUAUUAAAUAAUGUGUAUAACAGUUGUUUAAAGCAAAAUAUAUAACAUUUUAUAGAACGA